GCCAGUCGUACAUGCAAAAGCAACUUGAAAGGAGCUGCUGAAGUUGCCAACGACACUAUUAAUGCAGGCAGCGCGGCCAUCAACGCUUCUUUAAACAACCGUUUGCAUGCAAAUUCCGUCGAACAGCCGCAUAAUUCAGAGGUUUUCGUUUUUCUCCCGAAUGCACAACAACCAGGUGGAGCCGGAGGGGGACUUUUCGCCGCCAGUCGGUUCUCCACACACUUCUGUCCAGAUCGUGUCCCAGCAGCACAAACCUGUGGCUGCCACUUCUUCGAGGAGCGACUACCGCCACUCCAUUAUUGGAGCUGAGGAGAUAACGGACGUGGAGAUUGGUGUUUGCGGCUGGAUCCUGACAGUGAUAUCCUGGAUCAUCGUCUUUUGCACGUUGCCCUUCUCCCUCUGUGUGUGCUUCAAGGUGGUGCAGGAGUACGAGCGGGCCGUCAUCUUCAGACUGGGUCGCCUCCUCUCCGGCGGGGCCAAAGGACCAGGCAUCUUCUUCAUCCUGCCGUGCAUCGAGACGUACACCAAAGUUGACCUAAGAAGCAGCGUUUUCGACAUUCCGCCGCAGGAGAUUUUGACACGUGACAGUGUGACCGUGUCUGUUGAUGCGGUGGUCUACUACAGAGUGUCAAACGCCACCGUUUCAAUCGCAAACGUAGAAAAUGCUCACCACUCGACCCGUCUCUUGGCUCAAACGACCCUCAGGAACAUCCUCGGCACGCGCCUGCUCCACGAAAUCCUCUCCGACAGGGAAAACAUUCAAGCAUCGAUGCAGAGUUCGUUGGACGAGGCAACUGACGAGUGGGGCAUAAAGGUAGAACGAGUCGAGAUAAAAGACGUGCGCUUGCCCGUGCAACUGCAGAGAGCAAUGGCGGCCGAAGCCGAGGCGGCUCGCGAGGCGCGGGCCAAGGUGAUCGCCGCCGAGGGUGAGCACAAGGCGUCCCGGGCCCUGAGGGAGGCCAGCGAGAUCAUCGGCAACUCGCCGGCGGCGCUGCAGCUCCGCUACUUGCAGACCCUGAACACGAUUUCGGCGGAGAAGAACUCGACGAUAGUGUUCCCCCUGCCCAUAGAUUUGCUGACGUACUUCAUGAGAGCGCGAGGAGGAGCCGACUCGGAACCCUCCGCCGCCAAGUAGGGUCGAGCGCUGCAGAAUGGGCCUCGCCAAUUAUAAUUUCCACUCGGCUUGCUCUCGCUCGCCAAAAUGUGUCGUCGUCGAAAUCGUCUCUCUCGUCAUCGCCACUCGCGUGCGCCAAUUACUACAAGAUAGAGCCCAAUUAAUUUCGCUCCCCGGAAAACAACGAAAUUUCUGAUAUAAAAACUGUUUUGUUCUCCGUCUUCCAUUGUUGCUCUCUCACAACGAUAUUGGCAGGGAGCAAACUCAUCUUUUCACACUUUCAUUCGCGGCGAGUUCUCAUUGUUGUACAUGUAAAUUGUAAUAUUGUUGCGCGUCGUUUCAUUGGUGUUCUCUCCUUUGUAUGUAUUGCAAGUAUAAAAGGAGGCGUUUUUAAUGUAAGAUGAGAACAAUUGUUUUGUGCUAAAAACGAGACGAAAACUAUAAAAUGUUGCGUGGGUCCAUUUCCGAUACACUGUGUGUUAUUAUUCACAAGAUUUAUGCGUGUUGUGUGAGACCAAAAUCACAAUUCAAUUUAAAACUUAUGUGUGUAUAUCUCUUUGAGUGUCAAAUUACACGUUUUGCAAUUUUUCAUCGUGAAUGGUAUAAAAUGUAUGCUUUAUUCAAAUGUGACGGGACAGUGGCAGAAAAAAAUCCAUUUCAACUCAUCAAUUAACAACAAAAAAUUUUAUGAAAAAUUGAAAGCAGAUUUUCCUCGUUAAAAAGGUGAAAAGUAAAAAUGAAGAUCCGCGGACUGCAGGUAAUUUCUGAUAAAAAAGGACUUCAGUCAACGAGGUACAAAAGCACACUUUGAAUUUUUUUAAGCUAACUAAAUCGGUCACGAAAUUUAUGCUUAGAUUUAUUUUAAAUUUCCAGCGCAAUUAACCCUAAAACUGAUUAGGAAAAUUGGCAAGAAUUUGGAUCAUUAAUGCAAAUUAGCGGGGGGAAAUUUUUGAUUAAUGACCAUGAAACUGUUGACCUUCUCAAUCUUCAAAAUUUUUGAAAUAUUUUUUUGGGUUCAAAAUUAAAAUUUAUAUUUCCAUAGAAAUUUCACUUCAAUUUUAUUUAAAUUUCAAAAGAAAUCUUAUUAGGAUCGUAAAUUCCAGCUGACUGCACCGCAGGUCUUCUUUUGUGACCACGUGGGUGUCACAUUUACUUGAUCAUUGUUUUUUUUAACGAGGAUACGCCCUGCUUCAAUCUUUCAUAAAAUUCACCGUAAGUGUUAAAUUUAAAAAUUACAUUCCAUUUUGAAUACUUUAUUACCUGUUUCAGUGAAAGUAUUUUGAACAAAUGAACAGACAAUCAAAUUUUAGAGUCGUCUAGAAAAAUUCAAAUUUAUUUAAAAAUUCCGAGUUAUUCCCUCCCGUCACUAAUUUUCAAUCUUUUUCCUUCUCACGCAAGACGUUAUCUCACUAUCAUACAUUAUUAAAAUAUACUCAUCGGUGUUUCGGUGUAAUCGGCACAAUAAAUGAUCUCUCAACUGAAUGUUCAAACAAACAAAUACCUCGGAAGAAUAAAAGCAUAAUACAAGGAGCCGGGCUCUCAAACCAUUUGCAGGAUGCGUCGGUUCGGCCUUGAAGGAAGACGCAAAUGUAAUUUCCCGAGGGGCCCCGCGAGACAUUAUCGCUGGCACCGCGACCGGAAUUCAUAUUUACUCAAAAAGGCAUUGGAACAAAUCGACCCAUUAUGUAAAAAUAUGAUAAAAAAAAACGUGCAGGUUCUCAAUUAUUUAUACCGAAAUGCGCACUCCUCGAUGUGUUGUAUUACUUGAAAUAUUUAUUACGUUUGUGUUUUUCAUUUUUAUUAGUGUCUAUCUCACGGUUUAAUCAUGAUCAACAUACAAACAUCAGAGUCUGCGUGUGUCCCUUGUUCUGCGGAAAAAGAGCUCUCUCGAUUCUACUGCAAAUUUCACUUAUUUAAUAAUUUAAUUAAUAUUGUAUAAUCAUAAAAAAAGUUCUGAUUUUCUUUUUUAGAAAAUAGGUGCUUUUUUCGAGAGCAGGGGGCAGGCUUUGACUAAAUUAAUGGGCUGUGCAACCGUGAAAAAUGAAAAAUUAACUGUUGGUGUUGAUAGAUAUUUAUGCUCUAUUAAAAAAAUAAGUAUA